AAGAGCCUCAUUUUUUAAAGGUCCACGCCCUUUCGUACUGAUACGGACCUGCUAAGUUCCAAGAGAAAUAACAAAAUUACAAAGCCUUCCCUAACAUUUACCUGCUUUUCCUAGCUGUCCAUAACUGAUUUUCAGUUUCUUCCUUGGCUUUUUAGCAGAGAGAACAGCCAGGAAGUACUUCACCGUGAAUCAAAUUCCAAUUUCUUUUCUUCUUUUACUAUUCUCUGCUUCUCUUUUGAUUUCUCUAUCUUCUCUUUUCUGUAUUUUGGUAUUUUUUUUUUUUUUCAGAUUAUUACUCUGUUUCUUAUUUUUCAUUCUUCACACUGUUGUUUAUUUUCUUGUUCCUGACAUUUUAAACUUUCUUUUUCAUUUCCAGCUACACUCACUUUCCGUCUCCAAUAUUACGCCCAGGAAUUUUCAGCUACACUCACUUUCCGUCUCCAAUAUUACGCUCAGGAAUUGUCAGUACACUCUCUAUGGAGGUUGGAGGAUCACCACUUUUGUAAGUUUUCUCAACAUAAUUGGUAAAUGAAAUGUUAUGACUUAUUGAACACUAAAAUUGGGCUAGCAGGAAAGAAAUAUCGGAAGUGGAGCCAGCGGACUGUUGGAUGGCAGUAAAUCGUCUUUUCUUCUAUCCUUAUAGAUUGGUCGAUGUAACAUUUCAGGGAUAUGAUCUGAAUAGCCCUCCAUUGAAACCUUACGUCAUGUCGCGACGGUUUCGACUAUUUUUCAUAGCCUAUUCUACAGGUUUAUUGGUAAUAGAAAAGGGACAAGUUUUGAUGGCAGCUAAGGAAGACGUGGGAAGUCUUCUAGACCGUAGAUUACUUGACCUUUCUAUUGGGAAGGUAGACAUACUAGCUCUUUCCACGGAUGAGAGACUACUUGCUGUUUGUAUUCCCGACAUUAUAUAUAUUUGAUGUGGAAUCUUUUAUGGUCCAGAAUAUGGAACCUAGGUGUUCGAUUCCGUUGCCUCAGGCAGGCUUUAUUAAGGACAUCGUAUGGCGAAAGGCGGCUAAAUAUAAUUUCCUUGUCCUUACAAAGGAUGGAAAAUUAUUCCAUGGAAAGUUUCCUGACCCCUCUCUCACAGAACUAAUGGAUGGCAUUGACGCAGUGGAAUCGAGCGACAUAGGCGACAUUGUGGUCGCAAAACAGAACAACAUCACUGUUUUCUCAUCGGAUUUAAAUGAGAAAAUGAUCAUACCUCUCUCAUCUGAGUUGUGGCUUGGGGUUCCGAUGGGUGGAGCGACCAACGUUGGCGAGCCCGUUGAUAAUUAUUCGGAUUGCAAGAUAAAAGUGGAUGCGAUUAAAUGGAUUGUUCUUAACGACGACAACACUUUUAGUGACUGCAUUGUUGUGGGAGGCUAUAAAUAUAACGAAGAUGGAAGAGAAGAGGAUUACCUCCUCUUAGUCCUUAAAAGCAAGAUGGGUAGAAUUUUAAAUCCCACCUCCCAGUUAGUGGCAUAUUCAAAAUUUGAGUUUUAUUGGAAUCUAUCCGGUCCCUUUUGCAUUGGGCCCCCAGGAAUGGGGCCAUACCUAAUCUUCAAUUCCUUCAGAAACGGCUAUAUAGUGGUUCUUUCCAAUCGAAAAGUCGUAGAUAAUGAAAUCAUGCUCGUCUCCUUAAAGGGCAUUAAGUCGUUUGCACCUUAUUUGGGCCGUGAUUCUAAACCGAUUUAUUUUGAUAUUGAACGCGAUCAUUUCAUCCCCCGCAUUAACCUCCAAGAUUAUGGCUACAAUCAGGUAAUGGGUAUUUGCUCAGAAGAAGACGAGGAAGGCUAUUUUGUUCUUUUUAUUUUGCUCUCAGGGGGAAAGCUUAAAAUCUAUCGCAUGGAAGACCAUAGAAGGAUUGUCCCAGUGUUUGAUUAAUAGAUGAUGUCUCAUGCAACUAUAGAAGAAUAUCUUUUUAAGGUUUAGGGAUCAGUGUAUUUUCCUUUGCAGCUAUGAAUUUUGAAUCUUUUGGUUUCUUGAUUUUCUUUGUCAAUUCAAAAUUAGUUGAACUCGUUAAAUAUAGGUUUUAAUAUAUAAUUAUUAGUAAUAUUAAAAUUUUAAUAUAA